CAGGUUUCUUCUUCUUCUUCGCCUUUUACUAAACACUAGCUCUCCGCCCGCUACCUCUUCUGUUGUUACGGCCGGGAAUAACUCCUUCACUGUCUCACACCUAACAUUUAAAACAACAACAACAACCCCCCAAAAAAAGAUGAUGCACGCUUCUCGCGUCUGCGCCGCGGCCUCCGCCUUCUACCUGCCGAACGUGAACUUCGUCGGCGCCGGUGCCCUGAAGGCGGCGGGACCGAAGCUGCAGUCCCUCCAAUUCAAGAACCCCCUCCUCGUGACAGACAAGGGCAUCCGCACCUCCGGCCUGCUGGACCAAGUCGUGGCGACGCUGAAGAAGGAGACCGGCAUUACGCAGAUGUCCAUCUUCGAUGACGUGCAGCCGAACCCCACGGUGACGAACGUGAACCACGGACUGAAGAUGCUGAACGACAACAAGUGCGACUCUAUCAUCUCGCUCGGCGGCGGCUCUCCGCAGGACGCGGCGAAGGCUAUCGCCCUGGUGAAGACGAACGGCGGCAAGAUCGAGGACCUCGAGGGCGUGGACAAGGCGGCGAAGAUGCAAUUCCCCCUCAUCGCGGUGAACACGACGGCCGGAACCGCGAGUGAGCUGACCCGCUUCACGAUUAUCACUGACGAGAAGCGCCACGUGAAGAUGGUGAUCGCCACCGACAUGUGCACGCCGCUCGUGGCGGUGAACGACUCGGACUUGAUGAUGAAGAUGCCGAAGGCGCUGACUGCUGCGACCGGCAUGGACGCCCUGACGCACGCCGUGGAGGCCUACGUCUCGGUGGCCAACUCGCUGGUCACCGACGCCUGCGGCCUGCAGGCGAUUCGGCUCAUCAAGAAGCACCUCGUCCGCGCGACUCACCACGGUGACGACGUCGAGGCCCGCGAGGGCAUGAGCUACGCGGAGUUCCUCGCCGGCAUGGCCUUCAACAGCGCCGGCCUGGGCUACGUGCACGCCAUGGCGCAUCAGAUGGGUGCCGUCUACAACUUCCCCCACGGUGUGUGCAACGCGAUCUUACUGCCGAACGUGCAGGACUACAACAAGACGGUCGCGGCGCACCGCCUGCGCGAUGUUGGCGAGGCCCUGGGUUUGAACAACCUCGGUCGCACCGAUGCCGCUGCGGCCGAUGCCGCCAUCGCGGCGAUUCGUGAGCUGGCCGUGGCGGUGGAGAUUCCCGCCGGCUUCAAGCAGAUGGGCGCGAAGGAGGAGGACCU